AUGUCGACCGAAGCCCCACCAUUUAUCGGACGAAUGCUCGCAAUGUUCGAGCCAGCAUAUAUCAUGACUUGGGCUAUGUCGCACUACAUCCGAAUCUGCGCCGAAGCUGUCUUCAAAAAUGGCCAGCUCUUUGCCCCAAUCACUCAGACCCGGAGACUCCGCGAUGAAGCAUUCGGAAGAUUCUGGAUCGAGUUCACUACACCCCGCCAAAUGAGCUCCAACCCAAACAACCAACAAGUCUCCGAGCCAGUCGGUUCCUCAGCUCUAAUCCCCCCAAUCCUCCGCACAGCCACAGGAACAGUCCUCGACAUCGGUCCAGGCACAGGUACACAGAUGCCACUACUCACCUCACCAGCCAUAACAGCCCUAUACGGUGCCGAGCCAUGCAAAGGCCUCCACGCCACGAUCCGCGCAAAAGCGCUUGCAGAGAACAUCUCACCCAGGUAUCACAUCGUGCCUACAGGCGUAGCAGCCCACGAACUGAUCCCCGCAUUGCGGGCGGCGGGGACGGGCGUCGUGGAUGAGUACGAUACCGACCCGCGCGCUGGUAUCUUCGACACGAUCCUUUGUGUGCGGGUAUUGUGCUCGGUAUCUGAAAUGGAGCGUACGGUGAGUGAGCUGUACGGGAUGCUUAGGCCUGGUGGGCGGUUGCUUGUUACGGAGCAUGUUGUUAAUCCGUGGCGGCGAGCCAAAGGGUCGAUUAUUGGGCGGUUUGUGCAGGGUGUUUAUCAGGUUCUUGGAUGGAGUUGGUUUACUGGGGAUUGUUGUUUGGUUAGGGAUACCGAGGCGGUUUUAAGGGCUGCUGCUGAUGUGGAUGGCGGGUGGGAGAGUGUUGAGUUAGAGAGGAAUUUUGAGUGGUCGGCUAUGCCUUAUAUUUCUGGGGUUUUAGUUAAGAAGGGGGUUUAG